AUUGAAGGGCGGAAAACCGAACUAGUUCAGUGUCAAAACUCAUUCGGAGAACAUCUCGCGUCCGCUGAUCAUAAUAUUGACAAUCAAACUUCUCACGUGAAACGGAACGAUUCUCUUUUUUUUUUUUAUUCUAUUAAGUGUCCUUCUUUAGAGGUAGUGCAGUGGUUUUUAAGUUCAUGCGUGAUAGUUGUAUUGUUUUUCUUUUGUAAUGUGGUUUUAAAUAAUAGUUUUAAUAAUGUUGUGACCUGGUUUGUGUUGAAAAGUUGAGUAGGCGCUUGUUUUUUGCGGGCGAUGUCCAGUUACGGCAGCAUGUCACCAUCAGAAGAAGGCUGUGACCACGACCCAUCAUUCUUCUGCCAAUCCUGGCAUUCAGGUAGCCCGAUGGACGGAGGGGUAUACUGGCCCGCAGCUAACGGCGAGGGUCACGAGUUCGAUGCUCAGGAAGCGUACCAUGACAAUGCACACUACAUAAGUAGAAAUUAUGGUUAUGAGGAUAUGCAGAUGGCGGCGAAUGAGCCGUACGACACAUAUCAUAAUGGAAUCCAUCAUGGUUACACGCAACAUAACACAGUGGACUGCGACAUGCAGCCCCUACCACUGCAAUACGAACGGCCGGCGCCACCCUCCUUCGUUCGAGUCGUGAAACGAAGAUCGACUGCCAACAAGAAGGAGCGCAGACGCACACACAAUAUCAAUACCGCAUUCUCAGACCUGAGGGACUGUAUACCGAAUGUGCCACCGGAUACAAAGUUAUCUAAGGAGCACCGGCGCACCCUGAGCAUCAAUACCGCGUUCUCCACCUUAAAGGGGCGCAUACCGAACGUGCCGGCUGACACUAAACUGUCGAAGAUCAAGACACUGCGGUUGGCCACAUCCUACAUUUCAUACUUGCUCAAGGUGUUGGAGACGGACGGGGAGCCAGCCGGUGGGUUCAGGGCUGACCUGCACCACACGCCGCCCAGGAGAAAAACCAACGAAGGGAGUGUGCAGACUUCUUCGGGCGAGAAGAGAAGCAAGGGUCGCACGGGCUGGCCGCAACACGUCUGGGCACUCGAGCUGAAGAGCGAACAGAAUCUGCAGACUUGAACGACAACCUUCCAAAUUCAAAUCGAAAGCGCGCCUUUUUGUUUUCUUUAUUUAUUAUCUGUGUUCUCUUUAAGGUAAUUAAAAAAUCCGUGUGCUCUAUGGAAAUAAAAUAAUACAAAUAGGCAAAUCAAUAUAAAAUCUCUUUGUUGAAGUUGCAGUUUAAUUGCGUGCGUCUUCGUGUUGGUUCAUCAAUCUUAGGCGUUCCUCGAAAGCUUUUAAAAAAAUUUUUUUACUUACAUUUUUCUAUAAUUUCGACAUGUUAGUUCAUGUCGAAAUCAAACCAUAAGAUUUCGCUUCGCCUGUUCCAUUUUUAUUUUGAAAAUCCCGUCCUUAUUAUGAUGUUUAUUAAAUAUUAUUUAUAUAUGAAAAAGUUAGUUGGAGCAAGAUAAAUUUAAAAGUCAAUUAUUAGAGAAGAAAGUUGGUAACUUAACUUGUUGCCGACUGCACUUUAAUUUUAAUAUAAGAAAUUAUUUACUAGCCAAUUAAUUCAUUGGUUUCAAUUCUGACGUGAUUCUCUAAACUUAAAACUAAAUUUAACAUCAGUCUCUCCUUUUCAUUCUGUAUAGAGAAUGACAAGGAUAUACUGCUGUCAAAUUUAAGUUUAGGUUUAGAGAAUCAUACUGGAAUCGACGCCAUUAUUUAAUAGUAAGUGUCCACGCACACGGGCCACCGGCCACAAUCAUACAUUUCAUAUGGACUCGCUACGUAGCGUGUGGCGGCCACUGGCGUUAGCCGUGUGCGGCGAGUCUAUAUAAAAUGUAUGAAAACUACAGGAAAUAUGCCGGUGGCGGCGUUUUGUGAUUGUGACCGGUGGCCCAUGUGCGGCGACACUAAGGGCUGAUUUCUCGAACACUGGAUAAAAUUUAUCUGUCUGAUAUCGUAUUAUACUGGUGUCAAUUCUGGCAUGAUUCUCUAAAAUUAAAACUAAAUUUAACAUUAAUCUCUCCUUUUCAUUCUGUAUAGAGAAUGAAAGUGAUACACUGUUGUCAAAUUGUCAUCAUGUCAGAAUUGACACCAUUAUACAGACAAUAUAAAGAGUUGACUUCUGUUCAUUUUUGGUAAAAUUUGGUGUAAAGUGACGGAUGACAUCUCUCUCUAUUUGAUUAAGAAUUAAUUUAUUGAACAGUUAAGUUUUAACAGAGUUUUGAAAAAUCGGCCCAAAGAAUUAUAGUUUAAUAUAAUUCUACGAUAUUAUGUUUUUUCUUUCGUUAGAAAAUAAUAGUUCCUUGAUUAGAGCUAUUCAUUGUUGUAAAAUGUAAAUGAUGUACAUUUUUUUUACAUAAGAUUUCUUCGAAAUUAUGUUUAUGUAAGGUUUUCUUGUUAUUAAAUAGGGUGUGUACCAUUAAGUUAUUCUUUAUACAGGUUGUAAAAAAUCCUUUAACGAAGUCGAAGGCCACGUAUUUUCCACAUCAUGGCGAUCACUUUUUUUUCUGAACCAUACCUGGAAAUUUUAUGUUUAUGGAGACAUUGAAGGUCAGUUCCAAUUUUUUUUUUUUUCAAGAUUUAUACAUUAAUAUUUUCUAAAAGAUUUUUUAGACUUUUUUAUUGACGCACACACAUACACACAGGCACAUUCUUUGCGUAGCGCCACAGUAGCGCGGCGUGCUAUACAUUGCGUAGUGGAAAAAAAAUGUAUUUAUUUAUAUUUAACUUAAAAAUACAAAUAAUUCCACGUAUAAUCUUUUGUAAUAUUACUUGUUUUGGUGUACAGAAUGCGUAGUUUUAGUCUUUGUUAUGGGUUUUUUACACCCUGUAUACACUAAUGUUAGAAAGAGCAAAGAUUUGUAGGUACCUAUACCUAUAUUGUAAAUUCUUCUGUUUGUGACAAAUAAAAUCAAACUCCUUAUUAAUAAACAAGGAAUUAGCUUCGACUUGUUACGCCCUGUUUUGUUCAUAUCACUUAAGUGCCAUCUGUCCAGGCGUCUCUUUCCCAGUGGGCACUUUGGGCAAGUGCCCAGGCCCCGCGAUCGAUAGGCCCCCCUCAGAUCAAAUACAAAGUCCCUAGUUCCUGUUAAAUCACCAAACGGGAGUCGUAGGGGCCCCAUUAUCCUAAUAUGCCCUGGGCCUCCAAUAGGUCAAAGACGGCACUGCAUCUGUCCAUCAAUGAACGGAGACAAAACAUAGAGUAACUAAUCCAAGCUUAUUCUUCGUUUAUUAAUAAGGUGGAUUAAGUUUAUUCUUUUAUUAUCAAGAAUCAAUCAAUUUAUUAUUUUUAUUAUUUCAGCAUUUAACUGCUAGAUGAAUGCAAAGAAAAUUUUGUUAGAAAAAUUCCCAUCCCGUCUGCUGCCUGGUUUAUGUGGAUUUUUUUAACAACAUUUUUUUUAGAAUCAAUCUAUUUAUGAUUAAGAUAGUCCGGUUGACAGAGCCAUGGUUAAAAUCUCUUUCAGUACUCUACAGUUAACCUGGACAAGUGGUAAUUUUUCUUAACAAUUGACCGGACAGUAGAUUUUUUUAUAUUCUAUAGCACAGCCGAGUGGACCACAGUAGGUACAAACUUUUUUAAGCACCAUUUGUUUACGAAUACAAUUUAAUGACCGAAACUAAUUCUAUAAAUAAAAUACAAAAACACGUGGAACGCGGCAAGUCUUCGUUAUCUUUAAGACUAACAAAGCACGAAGGAGUACUUUAUGCUUAAGCUAAAGUAUCUUAUAAUAAUCGUAUCUUAAAUAAUAUCUAAAGAUAACGAAGCCUGCGUAGUUAGCAUUUUUUUUUCAAAAUUUAUAUGAAUUUUGCAUCCUAACAAAAGCACUUCGAAAAAUUACUAUAAUUAUAUUAUUCUGACUACGCAAGUUGGUUUAUCUAUGGUAUUAUUACUAUUUAUUUUGUGGUUUUAUUCAAAGAUAUUAUGUCAACAUUGUGCCAAAUUUUCUUCCAAAGACUUAAAUAUUUAUAUUUUUAUUGAAGUAAAUUAUUAUUUUAGUAAUUAGUAGUGGUACCUAUACUGAUUAAUAAAUUUAAUGACUGUAAU